ACCAGUUAAGCUUUGUGUAAAAGGAACACCACACAAACCUUAGACAAAGCCCCUUUUUUGGUACAUCAACUACCAAGUGUUGAGCCAUGAAGGUUGGGAACCAGAUGAAGCAGAUGGGGAGGCUGAACAAGGCGCUCAAGGAGAAGAGGGCCAAGCUCUACAUCAUCCACCGCUGCGUCGUCAUGCUCCUCCGCUGGAGUGAUUGAUCCAUCCGUCGAUCUGUUCGCCACAGAUUGAUAGAUGAUCAUUCGUUUGUUUCAGCCGAUCAAUCCCUUCUGUUUUGGAUCUUUUUUCACCCUGCCGAUGAUGCAUUCGGCGGGGUUGCAGAUUCCAGCUGUCCGGCGGCAUGGCCGAUAUGUAGUGUAUGCAUGGAUGAUAUCCAUUCAUGAUGCAUGCAUUGUGCAGCCUAUGUUUGCAUUUUAGGAGGGAUUGAUCGGUUGAUGGGUUGAAGUUUUCCUUUCCAUUUGUUUUUUCACCUGCCUCUUUGGAGGCAGGGGUGUGAGGAGAGGACGCAGGAGCACUCAACUACCAAAGUUGAUGCGCUUCCGUUCUCUUCCACAAAUGGAGAAGGUUGAUAUAGAUACCAGUUCAUUUCGUUGCUGCGACUGAUCCAGUUCAGUUGGCUACAAAUUAAUGAUGUCGAUGCUGAUCAAUGCAUGAUUCUGAAGAAGAUUAAAUAAAACGAUGAUCUUGUGGAUUAUCCUGCUGGGAUGUUGCUUUUCGACAUGUAAUCUAAUCUGAAGAUGUUGCGUUUCGUUCCGAUCCUUGUAUUGUAA